GAGCAGUAAGGAUGCCUUGACGGAAAAGAGUAUUGUGCGCUACAAACAGCCAAAGCCAAUGAACCUCCUUGACUGACUUGCUUUUCAAAAGGAGUGUAUCCAAACAUAACUGCAAACAAAAAGCAGCCAAAACUCUUAUUAGUUAGUAAAAUUCUUUAACUUAAGUCUUCUUUCUUUCAUUACCCAUAUAUCUGCUUUUUCUGUAAUUGUGGUACCAGGUCUUACAUGGAAAAGCUCGGGAGCUCGAUAAGACAUUGUACAGUUUUCUGAGGCCAUAUCUUGAAAAGCUAUUGCUUGCGAGUUAUCAGAAAUAGAAGAAGGAAUCUUAUAUAUACUCCCAAAAUCUGUAAGAACAGCAUUCCUCAUAUCGUUGCUCAACAGUAAAUUCUCUAAAUUUAUGAUUAGUCCUCGCCGUAGUUCGUUACAUACCAGGUUUCACAUCUCCGUGCAGAUAACAAUUGGAACUUGGUUUUCUCGCUGGUUUGCUUUCCAUCCCUAAAUCAAUUAAGUUUGUAGUGUCGACAGUAUUUUCAGAUUCAGAUUCGUCGGUCCCAUUAUGAAGAUAUUUUAAAGCCUGUAAAAGACAAAUGGACCAGCUCAAGAUAUAACGUUUUGAAACAAAAGAGCCUUUUGCGUGCUGAUUCUGAACAAUUUGUGCAACAGUGCCCUUUUGAUAAAAGGGAAACAUAAUAUAGACAUAUUGAACACCAUCACUUUCCUUUUGCAACUGAACUUCCAAGCUUUUAAGUAAGUAAGGAUUAUUAAACUUCUCAUGAAAUUUUGCUUCAGUUAAUGCUUUUUGAGUGCCUUCUCGACCUGAAUGGCAUUUAAUCUUUUUUAGAGCAAAUUUCUGGCCGUUCUCCGCAUGUUCAAUAAGAUACACGAAUGCAUAACCUCUGUAUACUGUCAAUUUCUUAUUUAUUUCUAUAUUGUUGCGUACCCUUCACCGAGUAGUUGGAGCACUUUAUAUUGUUCGUUUUUUAACACGACCAAAUCGUUAUUCAGGAGUGAAGAAAUUAGGGGAUUAAUAGAAUUCCAUGUAUUCUUAAAAAAAGAUUGCAUUUUCUAGUAAAAUAAGUGUUUUUUAAAUCUAUCCUCGUUAAAGUGGCAUUGAGUUUAGCAUUCAAUGAAGGCUACUCUAUAAAUUGCCAUCUACCGCCAUGCAUUCACAAGAAAGGAGUCGUGAACAGAGCGCAAAAAGUGAAGAGAACAUGCAAAAACAUGGCAUUAGAAGAUUGGUUAUUAAAGGAUUUAAAAAUAGCGUUACCAUAGAGUACGUGACGCCAGAGAAUAAGCAAAAAAGUACAACUAGACGAUUCGUACUUCCAGAGCAGGAGAAAACGAAAAUUCAACACAUUCCUGGAUCUUUUGAAUUGAAUCCUAUACCUAAAAAUGGAAUUGUAUACUGUACAUUACUGAAUGGCCAACGGAUCCAGCCGAAUGACUUUGUUUUCGUAUCUUCCCCAUAUGCUGGCGAACCAUUUCAAAUAGCUCGAGUUAUGUCUUUUGAAAAGUCCGAAGCUUGCCUUGGAACAAAUUUAUAUGACUCUGUUCGCUUGAAUUGGUUUUUUCGACCGCGAGAUAUUCAACGAAAUUCUUCUGAUACGCGUCUUUUGUAUGCAAGUAUGCACAGCGAUAUUUAUAAUAUUGGAUUUAUAAAGGAACUCGUGAGUGUGAAACACAAAACUCAAAUCCAAAAUUUAAAUGACUACAAAAGACAGUCAAAGUGCUUUUACUACGAUCGUUUGUUUGAUCAAAACAUCAAUAAGGUUUUCGACUUAAUACCUGUUCAGAAUAUUAAGAAUCUUCCUAAACAUACCCUUUCUGAUUUACAGAGUAAUUAUGAUUUUGCAAUUGUGGAAUUAGCGAAAGGGCGCGCCUUGAUGGAAAACCCUCGACUGUGCAAUGUGUGCAAAGAAUGGUGUUCUUUGGAUCUUUCGGUACAAUGUGCUGACUGUAAUAAACAUUAUCACAUGAAAUGCGUACAACCUCCUUUGGUAAAAAAGCCACCCCACGGUUUUGGUUGGACUUGCGCGUUAUGUUCUGUUUCGCAUCGACAAAGGAACCCUUCUUUACGCAAAUCCGCAAAAUUAAUGGCAUAUAAUGAAACCGAAUCGAAUGAUACCUUGUCCAAAGAAGGUAUUGAUACUACUAAUAAAACUAAUGAUACUACUUUGGACACGUCCUCACAAGCUUCAGCUAUGGCCCCUGAUAACUACAUUAAACAAGAUGAUACCUUAAACUCUCCUGCUGAAGAACCCUUUUCAUCCUCAGAGAUGGAACCAAAUAAUACUUUUACAAAGCUUCGCCGCCUCCCAUGGAAUAUGCGUUACAUAGAUUUGCGAAGUGACUUUGACGACGAAAAAGACUCAGAUUUGUAUCCCUCACGUGUUCGCUCCAUUGCAUCGCCGACAUUUUCUCCAACUGCUGAAAGUCAGUCGAAAGCUCCUAGGUUACUCACUACAGCAGAUGAAGAGAUCGAUCAAAAUGUGCGUUCAUUAGGAAAUGAAAAGCUAGAUCUUCCCUCGUUUUUUUUCAAAUGGCCAUUAUUAAAAGAUAUUCCUUUAAAAGGGUUUUUGUUCCCUUUUUUUGAAACGAAUUUACGCGCAGGGAUGCUUCUAGUCCCUCUAGACUUUGACGAUUCGGAGUUAGAUGACUAUUUAAGGAAAAGCUGGAACCAGUGGAAAUAUCUGAAGAUUGAAAUAUCUCCUUUCGUUCUUUUAGAUGUCUCUAUGACUAUUUUAUACCAAAACCAGCUAAAUAUGGUCAAUGCUCUUGACAAUCUGCAAAGGCUUAUAACUGGAAGUGAUUUUCCAGAUCUGAAUUCCCUUAAAAUAGAUGAAAAGAAGUUUAAGGAGCUUGUUAAAGUUUAUGGAGGCUCUUUACAUUGUAUACAUCGUCGUAUGGAAACUCAUUGCUCUUUAAAAGAAUUAGUACAAUACUAUUUGGCCUGGAGUAUAUCUCCAAAGGGAAUAGCAAUUCUGAGAGAUUUCGCUAAGGCAAAGGAAAAAGAAGGAAGUUGGGAGGAAAAAUUCACUUUGUUUUCAAAUCCCGAACUUUAUGAUCCUCAUAAAAUGGCAAAGUAUAAAAAGCCGAUGGUCUGUCGUAAUUGUCAAAGUCGCAAGAGUACUGACUUUUAUGUCGGUCCUGGAACGGAUAGCACCAAUUUAGAGAAGAACAAGCUUGUCAUAUAUUGUGAAAAAUGUGGUAUUUUAUGGAAGUACUAUGCAACAACUUCGCAACAAGCGUUAAAUGUUGAGCUUGGUCGUUUCUCUGACAAAAUGGUCAAAAGAAAGAAAUCGGAAUGGGAGCAGUGGUUUGCUAACAAUCGCAAUAUUGUCGACGAUAAUCCAUCACGUGACAAUAGUCGAGGAAUAUCACCUGUAUUGACAAUUGAUAGUGCUAAGGCUAACAAUGUGAAGACAGGGGGUGAAAGCACUUCGUGUCUUCAAAGCCCACUCAACAAGAACUCAAGGAAUGGCACUCCAAAACCUAAAGCCCAAGUCGUUUCUUCACCCCUAAAUACAAAGAAGGAAUGUAAUUUAUGCGGCGGAAGCAAUCUUGAUAAUUUGGUUGAAUGCUACCAGUGUGGAUUAAUUGUUCAUAAAUCUUGUCAAGGAAGUAAAAUAGGAGCAAGCGAUCAGUCUAAAUUGAUAUCCGCCAUAUCUACUAGUCGAUCAACUAGAAGUGCGGCAAACAGUACUUCUAAACCCAACCAGUUGAUAGAAAAUAGUCAAUGGUUAUGUGAAAGCUGCACUUUUGUUACCAGAUUAGAGCUUGGUAAUUCACCUGAAUGUUUAUUAUGCUGUCAAACGGAUCCGCAAUUCUCGAUGAGAAGAACUGCAGAAUGUAACUGGGUACAUAUCCUAUGCGCUGCUUGGACACCCGGGGUCGUGAUUUCAAGUGGAGAUAAUGAACCGAUUUUAGGAAUUGGUAACUUACCCUCAGGUGUUUGGGGUAAUACUUGUGAAAUUUGUCGACAUGAUCAUGGUAUAAGCGUGCGUUGUCAAAACGAUUAUUCAUCGUCAGCUCACGUAAUCUGUGCUUUAAAGGCGGGAUGGAAUCUUUGUUUUGAAUUGAUUCGAAGGGAUACACCAAAGUUUGAUAUCGAACUCGGAAUGUCGACAUUAUCAUUUUUUAGCGGCCAGGACCCUGUAAACAAUGAAGCGGAUUUAACUCCUUACAUAUCUUUGAAACCGAUUUUGCUCCGUGGUUUUGGUAAUGUUCCGCGCAAUUUUAUAUCUCGUGCAAGCACAGUACCGUCGUUGGGUAAGAAUUCCUGGAAGGCUUAUUUAGAAGGCAUGAAUAGUAAACAUGCGUUUUAUUUCUUACAGACGGCUCAGUCCCAUGCGCCUUCCGAAGAUCAACAAGUCAUUGAUGAAAAAUGCAGUAGAUGUUCGACGACGACGAGUCCAUAUUGGUGGCCCGAAGGGCUUUGCCAUACCUGUUAUUUUCAACGUUCUUUAGAAAACGAAGUGCCCGUUGCCAAUGCUUAGACUUUUUUGGUAUUUAACGAUAUAUUUAUUUAAUUUAUUUGGGAUGGGAAAUUAUUUAUUGUAUAUAUGUAUACACAUAAAUAUUAUAUAGGUAUAAUAGAUCUUUUGUCUUUUCGUUUAUCUUUCGUCUUAAU